CUCCACUGCUUCUACCACCAUACGUAGUUAACAACUUUUCCUUGCUUCACACCACAGCAGCAGGUUUUAAAAAAUAUGAAUACAUAUACAGAUCAAGCUGCAGCAGACAUUGUUAUGCCUAUAAGGUUUAUGUGAAUAUGUUCGGACUGCCUACACCAAAUAAAUUGUACCCCUUUUUCAACAAUCAGACUAAUUUAUUUUGAGAUUCAUCUUAAGAUCCAUCAAUGAAUUCAAUCAAUUCAUGAGGGAAAAAUCCAGCUUCACAAAUAGGGGUACAAGUGGGUAUCACAUAUGAGUAAUAAUUCAGUGUCUCUCAACCAUCACCGGCCUGACAACUGGUAAUACUUAUGUGACACUUUAAGUAUGGGGACUAAUAGAGUAUAUUACGGAGUAUAUAUUUAAAAACAAAAAUCAAGAGCCGGUACUUGAUUUUUGUUUUUAAAUAUGGGGACUAAUAGAGUAUAUUAUGGAGUAUAUCAAGAGCCGGAAAAAUGUAAUACCGUUCCGUUCUUGAUUUUUGUUUUUAAGUAUGGGGACUAAUAGAGUAUAUUACGGAGUAUAUAGAACCUGUCCCGUUCCGUACCAAUUUUCAGUGUGGUUUGGUACGGUUCUCCGGUGUUAUUUGAUUCCUAAGUAAUUAACCCCCAUGAAAUAUAAUUAACCCUAUUUACGUAGCAUUGUUUAUAUCAUUUAGUAUUGUUUUUGUUUUAAAGCUAACUUUUAGUGCUGUCAAAUCGUAAUAAUUGGAUUACGCCCAAAGAAUUUGCAAGAUUGCAUAUUUGUAAUAUAUGGACAUACGGUCUGACAUUUAUACUCGGUAAUAUAUUAUAUACUGAUAGUAUAAAAUAUUACUCCGUACGUAGUAUUAUAUUAUAACACUAGUUUUCGGGACAUAUGGUCACCAACAUUUAUACUUCGGUAAUAUAUUAUAUAUAAUAUAUUAUUAUAUUAUAACACUAGUUUCGGGACAAUUCGGGACGGUACGAGAAGGUUCGGUUCAAUACGGUUCCGGGACGGUUCUCACUAAGAACCGGUACCGUACCAUAUUAUUAAAAAAGUUUGGUACGGUACGGUAUUACAUUUUUCCGAUUCUUUCGGUUCUGGAACGGUACAGGACGGUUCUUCGGUACAGAACAGGAAUUCCCAGAUCCGGGGUUAGCCCUAGUUUUGAUGGCCUAUGUAGGCAUAGAGUUCUUGACAUAUACAACCAUCUUCACAUUCCAAAGGAUCCAAUUUGUUUUUGCCCAUAUCCAAAAACAUGUUCCACACAAAUGCAACAUUUCCCAUACAUGUGUUGGUGACAGCUGACAAAAGGCUAGCCAUUGUCCAAGCAUCCGGUUUCAGACAGAAGAAGUUCAUUUGCUUGCAAACCUCUAAUCUAUGAAGCACCGAUAUGGAUACGCGGAAACGCGGAAACUGGUACGGGGAUAAGACAAAAUAAUAAAAAAGUAGGAUACGGACACGAGACCAUAUUUAUAAAUAUUAAUGAUUAUGAGGGUGUAUUUAUAAAUAUUAAAAGUUACAGGGGUGUAUUUAUAAAUAUUAAAAAUACAAUUUUUUUUUGAAAAAAAUAGACAUAUAUUUUCCUCUGACGUCUACUCAUUCAUGGCAUUGAAGCAUUUUACAUUUUCAUGAUACUUAGAAAUAAGUUCAUAUUUUAUCUCAUAUACCCUAGUGCACCUCGAAAUACAAUCAUAUCAAUAAGUCAUUAAUUUAAAAUGAAAUAAGUCAAACAACUACAAUUUUGAAAUUAAAAGUGCAAGUACUCAAAUUUCUAGAAAAAUGAAGAUAGAAAACAAUAUUUUAAAAGUUCUAAUACAUAUUGUCCUUGGAGCUAUUAAUUUCCAGGGAUAAUUAAAUUGGGGAUAGAAAGAUGAGUGAAUUAGGAACAUGCCUAUUAGUUGUGUUCCACAUAAAAGCAAGAGAAUUAUUUUUAGUUUUUCAUUUUUUAACAAUUCUAUUACGGAGUAUGUAAAUUUUGAGUGUUUUUUUAAAAAGUCUUUUUUGGAAGAUUUUUUUUUAAAAAGUUGAUAGAGAUACCCGUCAGGAUACGAGUAUCCGAAAUUUUAAAAUAAUUAACAAAAGAAUUGGAAACUUUUAAAAAUUGCAGAUACAGUCUGGGAACGUACGGUACGGGUAUCCUCAGAUACGAGAACGUUUCCGAUAUGCUGAUACGACACCCUAGGGAAAUAUCCGUGCUUCAUAGCCUCUAAUGCAUCAUCAAAGCUUCCAUUUUGAGCAUAUCCCACAACCAUUGAGUUCCAAGAAACAACAUCCCUUGGAGGCAUUUCAUCAAGAACUCGCCUAUUCUCAGCCAAAAACCCACACUUCCCAUACAUGACCACGAAACAGUUCCCUGUAUAUAAAUUUGAAUCAAGGCCAUUCUUUACAAUUGGGCCGUGAAGUUGCACCCUAACAACACAUUCUCAGAGACUGAACACGCUUUGAGAAUGCACGGAAUGGUAUAACAGUCAAGCCAAAUAGUAUCCGCGGACAUGCUUUUUGAAAAGAAAAAUACCAUCUUGAUGAAACCGGUUGUUGGCACAGCUUCUGAUCAUCACAUUGUAAACCCACGACAAUUUUUAAUGGGAAUUUUGUCAAAUAGAUACCGUGCGGAUGCGGUAUUAGUAUGGCCACACUUGCUGGCAUCAAUUUGGAUGGACGUGUUUGGGCAUAGGGUUGGGGCAAAGAUGAUCCUGGAACGAAUUUGGCCUAAUGUCUUGAUAUAUGGGAUUUCGUCUAAGAUUAGACUGAAAAGAUCUUUGGGCGUUUGGUUGGAGGGUAGGAAGUCAAGUUCGUGUCAUUCGAUUCGAUGUUGUAAAAACAGAGGGAAGGGGAAGUGAGGAGACGAGGGAUAAGUGUGGAUCAGAGAUCACUGCAGGGAAAGAGAUCAGUCUAGACUCCGAAAAACGCGAUGAUUAAGGGACGCCCAGGCAUAUGCCGUAUGCGGUCUUAAUAGAGGAAGGUAGAAGAUGGGUGAUGAGAACGGGACGGCGGCGCAGCCGUUGAAGAAGGGCGCCCGUACAAGGGCGGCGACUGAGAAUCCUGACUCCAAAGAAGCUCCUGCCCUGUUCCUGUAAUCGUCGGACUAGACUGGGCGCGAUUUGAAAGGAAGGG